ACACUUUGACUUUGACUUACAAACGUGGAAUACUGUGCCCAGGGCCUCGGCUGCUGUAAAUUAAAGACGGCCCUGGUGGACACCCACUGUAGAGGUGUCAAUUCAAUGCUCAUUAGCCUAGAUACUAGGUUUUAAUUAUAACAUAAUUCAUUCAAACCACAUAUGAGAUACGUGAUUAGAAACAAUGAUUAGCAGUAGAAGUUGUAUUAAUAAAAGAUAAGCUAAUUGCGGACCGAACUUGGUUAGUUGUUUACCCCUCGCCCUCAAUAUUUUAAAUGAAAUCAUUUAACUAAUUCUAAUUGGGAUCUAUUUAUUAGCCUUACUUAUGCUAAUUAUUAACUUGUGCGUUAGGGGCGCCAAAAUGUGCUUUGAUAUUAUUUUAUUGAUGAAAAUAAUGAGUUUGAGAGUUGAAAAAAAGUAAAAGGGGCGCUUUAAAAUGGAUCUUGUCCCCCGGCGCCAAACACCCUCGCUACGCCUCUGUUAGGACUAUAUUAAUAUUAAAGGGUUAUCAGAGUGGGAGUUGGUAACUGGUGUAUAAAGCUUAGUAUACUCAGCUCCUGUUUUGUCUUAUUUUUACUUUAGACUGACUGUUAUUAACAUUAGGCCCAGGACUAUGAGUGGAUACUCCAUCUUCUAAAAGUGCGAGCUGCACUUGGUUGUUCUCCACUCAUUAAGUUGAAUAAGGCUUUCUGUUAUCCUGUAGCAAUGCAUUUACUACAGCAAGUUAGACUCCUCAACAGUUGCAAGCCAUUGCAGAUUGCCUUUGUUCGAACACCACAUUUUAGGCUUCAUUCUCUGUUCGCUUCUCCAUGCAGUGGACAACCAAAUGUAAAAAAACUUGAAGAACUACACCGAAGUUUAUUAGGGCUGAGAUGUGCUAAUGGAGCCUUAUUUAUAAACAAGUCACCAGUAACAAGCUAUGGUGGACAGGGAAGCAAAGGCUUACUAUUGAUUACAAGGUAUUUUUCUACACAGACAGGAUUACCAAAAUUGGAUCCAAAUCAGCUAUCAAGACGACUCAAGCUUCUAUUAUUGACAUAUCUAUCAGGAUUCAUUGGUGUUUGUCUUCUUAGUUCUAUAGCAUUCCGUUACUAUUCAAGAAUGGGAAGAAGUGCUCUGGGAAUAGAGGAUAUAAAAGUUCCACAAUAUGGGAGGAAACCACAGCUUUUUCGGUAUAGAGGAUUUGUAUACCCUGAUUUUGUUGUAAAUGAUGUAAAGAGUAUUCAUCAGUUUGAUGUUCGAGAAGAUGAUAUCUGGGUGGUGAGCUUUCCAAAAUCAGGUAAGUCACAAAAUGGACCUUAAGCCCUAAAGAUUUUUCUUUCUUUUCUAUUUUCUUUCUGGAUUUAUUCUGGCAGCUUUAGCUUAACCAGUACAACAGCUUUAUUUUUAUGACACCUCUUAUUACAACAGCUUUAUUUUUAUGACACCUCUUAUUACAACAGCUUUAUUUUUAUGACACCUCUUAUUACAACAGCUUUAUUUUUAUGACACCUCUUAUUUGAAGUCGCACCAAGUCUGCAAUGGUUUUCCAAAUUCUAUGGCUUAGUGUGUUAGUCAGUGUUCAACUCUGCCCCAAGAAUAACCCCCUUACUUAAUUCAUACAAUAGUGACUAUUCCAUUCCACCCGACCAUUUACUCAUUGAAGGAAAUAGUAGAACAAGGUCUGUUGACGCAUGAAAUGAAAAGGUAGGAUAAACAGAAGGAUGUUUCAUCUAGAUGGCUUCCUUUUGCAUCUAGCCAAAACAUCUUUUUGUUUUUCAUGUCUUUUCAUUUCAAGAUUCAGCAUACCUACUUCUACUAUUUCCUUCACAUGGCUUGAACACAGUCCCUCUUAAAUUAUCCUAUUUACCCAUAGCUGUAUACUACCCUGGAGGAAAUCCAACUUACUAUUGCAAUAUCUGUUAACCUAAAAAAAUCAACUCAUGGAGUAAGGAUAUAAAUUUUGGGAUGGUAGGGUGCAUAGCUGGCAUUGAAAGACUCUUUAAUACUGCAUACAAUGUAAGUAUUUAUAGUAUAGCCUAUGUCUAAAAAAUUAGAAACAUUUUUAAAAUUGGCUGUGCUUAUAAUGCCUUUGGGGUUCACACACCUCAACUAAAAAUGUUGCUGCAAAAAUUCCUAUCAAGCUUUAUAAAGUGCUUAAAAAAAAUUGUUUUAUUGAUAACGUUAUUUUUUAUUAAUAAAAUUUAAAGUAAAUGUUUAGUGAAAUACUUGUGUGUGAUAAGCAUUGUCCUAACUUAUUUUGUUUUAUGAAUUAAAUUAUUUCAAGGAACUACUUGGGUCCAAGAGAUUGUCUACCUUGUAAAUAAUGGAGCCGAUUUUGAAAGUGCAGGUGCAGCAACUAUCGAAGAAAGAUUUCCUUACUUCGAGUGGAUCGUUCCAGGUUUAAAAUCAAUAGAGAAAAUGCCAUCUCCAAGGCUCAUCAAAUCCCAUUUGCCACUGACAAUGCUGCCCAACCAAAUGAAGGACAAAAAGCCUAAGGUUAAGACCAGAUACAUAAUAUCAAAGACUUAAUUGUAAUUAUUAAAAUGUAUUUUAACGGGGGAAUAAAAAUUUGCAUUAGGCAGCAGUGGUAUCAAAUUAUUAAAAUCUACGUAGUUUAAAAAAAAAUUCUUUCACAGCAUUAGGCGUUGACAUAGUAUUUUUUAAAAAGGAAGAAAAAAAAACUAGUCGCAAAGAAUUUUUACAUUUUCAUCUGAGGUAUAGACAAUUUUUAAUUAUUGAAAGUAGAAAAAAUUAGGUGUUUAUUUUCAAAUUUUGAUUUUACAACUGUAGCUGAUUUGACUUCACUAAUUUGCAGAUCAUCUACAUUGCUAGAAAUCCCAAAGAUACAGUGGUGUCUUAUUAUUAUUUUUUGACAAAGUUUGUCAUUGAAGACAAUAUCUUUAAUGGUACAUUUGAUGAAUACUGUCAAUUGUUUAUUGAUGACUUUGGUAAGUAUUAUCAUUCCAGAAGAAAUCCAGUUGUUAGGCUGAUGUUCAAACAUCUUAAAAAGAAAUUAACAGAUUCAUUUAUUUGAGUGUAAAAUAAAAAUCUAUUUUUUGUGAUCAGGUCAUAAGAUGAGAAAGUAAUUCCCUUGGUAAAAUUAUGUUUAUGUUCACUGUCAGCAUUCAGUUGUUUUUUUUACCAAAAAAAUGGUUUAAAUAAAUUUGUUUAGGAAUUUUGAGCUUGUCAUAUUUAUAUAUAGAACAAAAAAUGGAUCAAAGUUCUUAAUCUAAAAUUUCAAAUUCUAUUUUAAUUCUAGUACAUUACGGUCCAUGGUGGAAGCAUGUGAAAGAAGCCUGGGAGAGAAGAGAACAAGAUAACAUUCUGGUGUUGUUCUAUGAGGAUUUGCAGGAGGUAAUCUGAAAACAAUAUCAGGCACAGAAACAUUGCGAAUCCUCUCUGCGUAUACAGGAGCCAGAACGAUCAAUACAUUGAUCGUGGGCCCUUAUGAUAUAGAAGAAGAAAAAAAAUCAAAUUUUCCAAAAAUAGAUGAUGAGAGACAUCAACUUUGGUCUUCUACUUAAAGCUCAAUUAGAAGUGAUAUGUUUGUUGGAAAAUUUUAUUAGAACAUUAUUAAUCUGUAAUACAAUGCCUGAGUAUUUUUACCAUGGCAAAGGUCAGAUUAACUAGUUAUCUAAAAACCAAGGUGGUUUCUGGAGGAAUCUCCAAAUAUGUUUUAUCAAGCUGAUACUAAAUGUAUUAAAAUUUUUACAUUCUUAAAUUACUGUAUUUUUUUUUUACAUUUUUCACAUGACAUUGUUUUUAAGAAAAAAAGAACAUGCAUACCAGUAAACAUUAGCAAGUUUUGUAUUAAUCUCAGGUGAAGAUUUUUCAACAAGGGCCUCUGCUUUAUCCAGCUCAAAGCCUCAAAUAGUAAAUCUGGCAAUGAUUGAAAACAUCUUUCACCAGCACAAACAAUUCAAGCUUGACAAUUUUGAUAUUCAACAGAAUAUUCACAAAGCAGUGUGGGACAUUGCUGGAUUUCUGAAUAAACCAAUAACUGAAGCCCAAGUCAAUGACAUUGUGAAGUACUGCAGCUUCGAGACCAUGAGGAACAACAAAGCUGUCAACUACGACUGGUUGAAGGAUGUUGGUGCCGCCAAGGAGGGGGAACAUUUCAUGAGAAAAGGUAAACAUGUUUUAACACGCCAAAGUUAAAACAUUAAAAAGACAAUAACUGAAAUCUAUGUCUCUACAACUGUGUUGACAAAGGAUGAUAAGACUGCACUUGAGUCUUGACUGCACUUGUGUUACAAAUCUUCAAUGAAACAAAAAUAGCAUUUUAAUUCACAUUUAAAAAAACAAAAUUUUGAAUGUUAUUUCGCAAAUGUCAUUUUAAAUUGUGUAUAAUUUAAAUGCUGAUACAUUUUUUACUCUCCACUCAGGACAAGUAGGUGAUUGGAAAAAUCAUCUGAACAAGGAUAUUGUAGAUAAAUUGGAUCAAGUGGUUGCUACUCAUUUAACACCAUUAGGAGUUCCUAUCAGAGACACUUUGCCCAACUAGAGUUAAGAGACUUGCGUAGCAUGUGAGCGAAUCUUGAUGAGACACAUAAAGUAGUGUUGUGAAACGCCCAAUAAUUUUAAAGUGGAGAGCACUCGUAAUUUUAAAGAAGGCAGCAAAUUUAAAAAAAUUUAAUUUAAAUUUAAAACUUAAUUUGAAUUUUUUUUUUUUAAAAGUGUUAAAUUUUAAAAUAAAUUUGUGUAAAGGCUUUUAAAGAAGCUCUAUUUACUUAGUUUGUACAGCAUGUGUGUCCAAGCAUGUCUAUGGAGUGUAUGCUUGAUGCACAUCUGUUUAUAAAACAAUAAAUUGUUUACAUUAUAUUAUUAUUGUAAAUGGCCAUAAAAAUUAUCAGAAAUGUUACAAAAAAAUUAUUUUUCACAAAUAAAAAAAAAUUGUUUUUUUACAUGAAUUAUCUAAGAGAAUAUGGUUUUAGUCAUUUUUUAAUACUGUACUGCAUUUAAUCUACUUAUUGAAUACAUAUUGCUUGUAAAGUAAAUAUUUAAUAUCUGUACUUAUAAUUCCAAAAAGUCAUAUUUUUUUAAGGUUUUUGCUCUGUUCAGUUACUUUACAAUUAGCUGAUAAAAAAAGUUAACUAACCAAGCAGGUUUAUCCACAUCUGAUUUUUGCACUUCAUUAUCAUAAGCCUGAGUGUGUUCUCUUUUUAAGAGAAGUAUCAGUAUUAAUAAUGUUUAUGUUCUCACCAAUUUAGUCAGGCAAAUUUCUUUAUCUAAAGAACACUGUUGAAAUUAUUGUAUCUUGGUUCCAUACUGAUUUAAAAAAAAACUUGUGUACAUUUUAGCCUAACCAUUUUUGGGUAUAUAGAUUAUUAUUAUUUGUACAAUUAAUUAUUGUUCAAAUAGGAAAAAUGGUCAGUUAAGAAGUAGCUGCAAUGCUGGAUUAUUUUUUGUUCACAGGGAACUGGUAUACUGGUACUGACUAUUCUGUAGAGUUUCAACUAUGUUUUUUUUUUUUAAAGAGGUUCAAGGUACAUUGUUUAAAAUGUAUCUGAGGAAUAUAUCUCCAUUUUAUUAUUAUUAUUAAUAUUAUACUCAAAAAUUUUAAAACAGAAUACAAACUGGCAAGAGAGAACAUGAAGUUAAAGAGCUGG